CAAUCCUAGUACCUGCAUAUCAACCAUCUUACCCAAACAGCUUACUUCAACUCAUCUUACAAUGGCUCUCAACGAAGGUGUCUAUUGGAUCCGUAACAGCCGAUUCACGAACAAGGUGCUCGACCUCGACGCUGCUAACGUCGCCAAGGGCACUAGUAUCUUGGACUUUAACGAGCAUGGAACCUUCAACGAGAACCACAACCAACUCUGGAUCGUUGAGCGUUUCCAGAGCCGCGACACGUAUCUCAUCCGAAGUGUUCACUCGAACUUGGUCCUUGACCUUAGCCAAGGAUUGUCGGCGAACGGCACCCCGAUCCUUUGCUGGACUCAACACGGUGGAACUAACCAGCAGUGGCGCAUCGAAUGGGUCAAGGACGACAACAAGACUCCCUUGUACCGAAUUGUCAGCGUUGCGACUGGUACAGCCAUCUCGCACAACGAAGACGAUUCCAGCGCUUAUACAGUCGCCUGGAGCGUCGACGAUGGGCCGAAGCAACUCUGGUCUUUCGAUCCCUUCGUCACUCCUCUGUUGUAUCGCCUCCGGGUCAAGAGCACCAGCAGGGUUCUCGACUUGGCCGCCGCGUCUGCUGAUAAUGGUACCCUCGCUCUGGCCUGGGAGCAACACACUGCGAUCACGAAGCGCAACCAGUUGUGGUGGCUCCCCUACCGCUCCGGUGCAGAGGAAUACACCAUUCAGUGCUUGGAGACGAGCACCGUCGCGGACCUCUCUGGCGGUAACAGUGGGAAUGGGACGCCCAUCUAUGGCUGGCAGUCCCAUGGCGGGCGCAACCAGCAGUGGAAAUUUGAACCCACCAGCGAUUCAGGCGACUACUACCACAUCAAGAACGUCGAGGGCGGAAGCGUGAUGGAUGCGUACAUGAACGAUAGUCAGAAGAGGGUCGGAGGAUGGUCUAACAAUGGUGGUGACAACCAGAAAUGGUUGUUGGAUCCCCUGCCCUCUCCUGGUCCGGGCUGGGUCCUCAUCCAAAACGGUGGCACCGGCAAAUUCCUAUGCAGCACCCCUUCAGGCGACAUCGGUACCGCCGAUGGUCCGGAAACCGUGUAUGACUACAGUGUCCAAUGGCGGUUCAUCCAGAGGGAGUACACGGGAGUUUACCACGUCGUUAAUCGCGCCACCGGUGCCUACUUGCGUCAAAUCGGCACUUCGAUGCCGUCUAUUGGUUUGGCGGAGGAGAAUGACGACGAGUUGAAGGAUUGGUGGAUGCUUGAGACCUACGACAACUCCGAGAUUGGUCUCGCGAGCAUCAUCAGUCGUUGGACUGGGAACGUUCUUGACCACUAUGGUGGUGUCAGUGUCCAGGCUUUGGAUAACAACACCGAGAACUCAUACCGGAGCUGGGCCAUUAUACCGGCUAGGGACUGGCUCACCUCAUUCUCCCUCGUAAACGGCCAAGGCGGUUUAUGCCUCGCCGCCCAAUACGCUCGCGAAGAAACUCGCCUCUCCACUACCGCCAACGUCAACGACUUCCAUGCUCAAUGGGUCUUCCGCAAGCCAAGCGGAAGUUCCGGUUACACCAUCCAGAACAAGUACAACAACCACUAUGUUGGAGGGACUUCCGCGCGUUGGGAGUUGGUCGUAUGCUGCAACAAGUACUUCGGGAUCCGCAACACCUCGACACAGAAGUACCUCGCCAUCGAGGACGGCCAGGUUACAUUCCAGGACCAAGAUAUGACGGACAGGAAGCAAUGCUGGGAGUUGUGCUCUGGUCGUGCCACCGACACCUCCGGCAAUGACUACGAUCUGAUCUAUAUGGACGAUGACCUCCUCGAGGUGAUGAUCCCCUGGGUUGGUGAUAAGCAGGGCGACCUGAAGCAUUACAUCGAGAAGCGCGCGACGAAGAAGCCACCCAAGGACAAAGGUGGCUGGCAGUUGCCCGCCGCCGGCUUAAUCAAGAAGCCCAAGUUCAACGAUAUUCGCCAACUGCUCCAGGAGCUCAUCGAACAGUGGGAGUGGGACGUCGUCAACGAGGAGCGCGAGCAGAUCCAGACCCUCGUCAGUAUCGAUGAAGCCGAAGCCAGAAGACUUCUCGGACGCCGCCCUCAUCCGGAUAUCGUGGCCGCGUAUCAACGCUCGCGCAGUAGCACCCUCUUCCGUAUCGACAGGCAGGGCUACUUCAACAUUGCUGGUGACCGCUAUGUGAACAUCCAAGGGCAGUACGGCGAUGACAGCUACUUCCACAUCGCGCUUCCUGUUGGUGUUCGGUUUGGACGGGAGCAGAUCAGGAGGUUCUUGAGGGAUAGUUUGGAUCGCAGUACGAGCGUUACGAUUACGCCUACGACCUGCAAGCCGCCGAGUGGAGGACCAGACUAUAACCGCGAUCCCGACUCUGAUGGCGAUAAUUCGUGGAUCAAGUGGACCAUUGCUGUCGUCGGUACUUCGGCAAUCAAGCACUCCGAGUUGUAG